AUAACAUAAUUCUUAUUUUCGAUAUCUAGAUUGGGUAUAAAUCUAUUUAGAAUCUAGAUCUAAGACUAAAGUCUAGCUUUAAUCAUAUCUUAUUGGGGUGUUCAGUAUUAAAACAAAUCUUAACUUCUUACAAUUUUACACGAUACUUUACAUAAGUCUCAUAAGACAUCACUUCAUACACUUAAAAAUCUAGAUCUAGAAUCUAGAGUCUAAUCUCAGACUUCAGUCUCAGACCAUCAUUUUGUAUCAUUGUAUGAGGAUGUAAAUGUAAAAUAUUGUUAAAAAAAAUAUGUAGACAUAGUGAAGGCUAUAGUGUAGUGUAUAGACUAGAUCUAUUCUGUAUUCAGUCUACUAGAUCAGGAACAGGCGUAGGACAUAAUCAUCUCCUUUUUUUUUUAAUUUGCUUAUAGGACGUAACUCUCAUCUUUGUGAUGUUAUCUUGUAUUUACCAAGUUUUAGACUUCAGUUUCAGGGAUGCUCAAUCUGUGAGUUGCGACCCCAUCGCUUUUGAGGGUUUAAUUACAAUUCGCCAUUGGUCACCCUAAGGCCUAAGACUAUCAGCAUCGGGAACAUGUUUUUAUUUUACUAUUCUAUUAAUAAUUUAUAAAAACUUUACAUGUAGAUCUUAAAUGAGUUACAUUUUUCACUGUACAAGGAUUAUAUGAAACAUGCAUCAAUUUUUAUGACAAGGUUAAAUCCUCCUGAAUCAAACUUCUGCUCUGGCAAAAAAAAAUCUAGAAGAAAAUAAAAUUUACAAGUUGCCAACUUUAUAUGCAUAUGCUUUCUAUAAGGAAAAUGUUCUUGAACCUGACAAAUGGAAUACAGCAUGAUAAUUUCUACAACGAACUUCUGCGAAUGCUUUCGGACGAAACCUCAUGUAUGAUUUAGUGUGCAAUAAUGUCUACAGUGAGGUAACAGCAGUAUUCUGACAAUUUCAAUGGAGCCUGACACAAUGGAUCAGGGCAAAGACUUGCCACCAAUAGCACUGGGCAGUACUACAAUACCUUAUCUAGUGACCCUGAUCCCCGUGCUGGUGACCAUGACAACUCAAGUGGAUAUGCCCAGUUAUAGUGAUGAAGCUGAUAAACCUGCGUGGUGGCCAGAUGAUGUUCAGUGGAGAAACCCCAAAUAUUACAUGAAUGAACCCAUAAAAGACAGUCUCCAAGUUCUUAGGAAGCUGGUUCAUAGCUGCUACUCUUACCAUGGAUUAGAAGAUUUACUGAACAGAUUUGAUGAAACUCCAGUUUCAGAAACAGAAUCUGAGCAGCGAGAUGGUUCCGAUGUAAUUCUUAUAACAGAUGAUGCAGACGAAGGCUCAGUUGAAUCACUGGCAGAGAGCGAUGGACCAGUCUUUGUAUGCUGCUUUUGUCUGGAACAGUUUGCUAGUCAUGAGGCUGUCCAGACUCACCAGAGUAUCUGCCCCAGUAGAUUUCAGGAUUUGGACAGUUCCCCUGGAUAUCCUGCUUCAUCCAAAGCUGAAAUUCCCGAUAAACAUCACACAACAGCAUCAGCAUCUAAUAAAUCAGUGCCACAGGACUCACCCACGGCUGUUAAAGUUUCUCACAUCAGUAAACUAGACGACACAUUUCUCUCCCAACAUAAAUCCCAUGGGCAUGAUCAGGUCUCUUCUUCUAUUUCCUCAUUACCAACCAAAAAGCCUGCUCAUGGGUCAUCGUCCUUCAAGUUUGUCCCCACCCUUAAGACACGCAGUCAGAAAAAGCUGGACCAAAUUAUGGAGAAACACAAUCAAAGACAGUUAAUGAUGAAGGAAUGCCAAGCCAUGAAACCAGUUCCAUCCACAGGAGCAUGGUGGAAAAAAAAGCGGAAGAUAAAAUGCUCAGCUAUUCAUCCUGGCUGUUAUUUAUCUUCUGAUGCAUUUAUGUCUGCCUUGAAUUUAGUGAAGAAAUCUGAAUUAGAGUCACGAAUAAGUGAUGCACCUAAAGAUGUGGAUAUGGACUGUCAGAUUAUUUCAGUGGAAGGGCCGCUUAGUGCUGUCCCAAUAACAACGUUUGAGAAGCCCUCCUCCACAUCACCACGCUCCACUAGGUCACUUAUGUCUCAGCUGAGCAGGGACAACGAUGUAAGCUCUCGUCGCCGUCUGAGCUUUUGUUUCGUGGAAGAUGAAUGGGCAGACAAAGAAGCCUUGGAGGAAGGAAGAGACCCCCUUCAGUUUUCUCUCUUGACUUUGGAUUUAUCCUCCCCUCUAGGCCAGCGAAUCAGAAAGUAUGUGAAAGGUGAAGGACACUUAAAUAUUAUAAAGGAUGCAGAAAGCUACUGUAGGACAGAAGUAGAUGACGACAGUUACAGUAAACUGAGAUACAGGGGCAUGGACUUUCGCAUUACUUUCAAGAAAAAAAAGAGGGGCUCAACGUUUGUGCACAAAUACAAGUUUAACUCCAGUGACAAGUUUGAGUUUAAUUUGUUACUUAAAACUGGUCUUAGUGCCAGGAGUAGACAUCUCAAACAGUGCUUACCAACUUGUAAAGUUCUGUUGACACGGUUGAAGGAAUCAGAAAUCAAAGAAUGGACUGAAGAGAAGAAGAUAACAAUAGCAGAGAAUAUCGUCUUUGAUGACGAUAUCUGUAUUACUCAGAUAGACAUUCCACAAUCUAAGUUACCUCAAGGAUUCUCCUCUGAUAAACUCACUCUUCAGCCUCAAUGCUCAAAUUUCUCUUCACAAUUCUUGCAGAACUCACCCAACAAACACAAACUUGCCACCAACAGGCCUAAUCUGGCUCACAACUUACCACCUUCACCACCGCACGUCCCAAAUAUAUUUCGUAGCAGGUCACAUUGCUCUCCUUCCCCGACUAGACCUGGGCCAAAGUGCUUCCACGAUCGCAACCGAAUCGCAAAAUCUUUGAAUUUUUCAAAUGUCAACACUGCUUCUCCCAAGAAUACAACUGCAGUAAUAAAGAAUGGUGGUGAAAGAUUCAUGCCACAUUUAAGUAAACACCCAAUGCAGUCACCAUCAGUUUAUGCAUCGAGAAAUUCCUUACCUGUUAUCCAAAACAAGCUGCCAGGACCCAGCAGUCGGAGAAAGCAGCCAAUGAACUAUGUUCGCCGAGAAGGGUUUGAUGGAGGGAUGGCACAACGCAAUGGAGAUCAAAAUGUGGGCUAUAUCCGUGAUAUAAACAACACUUGUGUUGUUAGUAAAUCAGCUGGGGAUCAGGACCCCACUCAGAAUUUCAGGAGACUUUCCAAUUUUGAUUAUUUCAGUAUUCGAAACGGAAAGCUGCAUCACCCUGAUCAGUCCGCUGCAUCUCCUCCAGCCACACAGAAAACGUUUCAACUCGAUGAUGGUGGUGACAACAGAAACCUUCACAAGUCCCUCCCCGCCCACAGACCUUUGCCAGCUAAUGCUGUAGCACCCUUAAGGACCCAACAGAAAACAUUUUCUAGAACAGCCAAUAAUGGCCCAAAGAUAAAACCACAGAUUUCUAGUAGUUCCAGGCCUCAUUCUGUAGCAAGGCCAGAAGGCAAGAGGCAGCCUGUAAACAAUUCUCUGAUGGAGCACCUGGCAGACACAGUCUCUGUUCCAGACUCCACGCCCAGGAUCAAAUCCUUCAUGAGCUUGUGUCCCACUUUGGAUGGUGAGGAUGAGAUCAUGGAGAUUAUCUGUGUUGAUGAUGACUGACUUUUGCAAAGAGUGAGGCGUGUGCUUUCCAAUAUUCCAUUCUAUCUUGAAACGGGUACAGUUGAAACAUUCAUUGAUCAUUGAGCACAUAUCUCAUUCAUCAAUCUGCUCAAAUCUUUGUUAUUGAGCAAAAGAGUUCUAAUUCUUUUAAAGUAACUUUAUUUUCAAAUGGAAGUAUAGGACUCUCUUACUUACAUUUUGAGUUUAAAAACAAAAAGAAAGACUGACACAACUGAACAGCGUUAUGUAGUAUACUUUUAAUUCAAUCACUUCAUUUUCCCAGCCUCAAGCACAUUAGCUUAUUUUGAGUUUUUAUAAACUCGUCAUGGUUUUAAUAACUUUACAAAUGAAAAAUGCAACUAAUUCAAAUAGGUCAAGAUAGUUGGCGUACAGUUUGGUCAUUGGUUGCAUGGCCAAAAUGAAUUUUUCAUAACUCAAGUUGUUAUGGUGAUCAUCACUUGAGUUUGCAGUAUCUGUUGUCACAAGAGAGUCAUACAUUUCAGUAGAUUCUUGUUUAAGCUUAUUUUGUCAUAACUAAAUUAAAAUGUUUUUAUAGUGUCAAGAUGUAGGUAACUAGGUACCGGGUAGUUACACAUCUCAUAAACAUUUUUUGUCUAGUUAUGAAUCAAACUCACUGACCUAUUUACAAAAAGUUUGUCUGGGCAUUAUUCCUUUAAACAAUAUAAAAUCUUGUAUAAAAUCUUGGGGGUUUUUUAGGGUAUGGUAACAGAAUAUUUCCCAGACUUUCAUAGUUAACAUUGUGAUUGUCUGCUAGAAUUUAUUAUUUACAGUUGAAGCCUGCAACCUUUUGGCACUACUGUGCUAACAAGAUUUACAAAUCAUUUAGCCUACCAUCAAAGAAACAAGCUUUUAAAUGGCAUAUCAUUUAACAGUGUUAUAUAGAUAUUACAAGAACCCUUCAUUAGUUUAAAUGAAAACAACAAAUUGCUAUUAAAAAACAACAACAAUUUGUCUUGUUUUUUGGAAAAAAUGUUGUACAUAUAUAUAAUGUAAUUGAUGCAUUCUCCAGUUUUGUGUUAAUUCUAUCAAAACUUUUUGCUGAAGCAUUAAUUGUUAUGAAUUAGAUAAAAUGAUCUGUUGAAGGGAACUAUAUUUUGUACUUGAAUUCUUUGCAACUCAGCAAACUUGAUGUUCCUGAUUUUAAUUACUUCUAAUAUAACAAUAGUGGACAUUGAAAUGUCUUGCACUUCAAAAAUUAGGAAAUCCUGUUUAGUGGAUUUUAUGAAAUGAACUGGAAAUUCUUGAAUUAUAUAGCAUUCUUUUUCUGUGCUGUUAAAAAGCAAUCCCUCUUCUGUAGAUCAUUUUUCACCUAGUCGGGCAAACUGCAGCUGACUUUAUUUAGGUUACUUUAUGCAAUAACUUGAAUCUUUUCUUGAAUGAUUUUAAAUAUAUUUCAAGUCUUACAAGUUGAUUUAGAAAAAUACUUUUAUUUUUCACUUGCAUCUUUUUCAGUAAAUCAUUUUCGCAAGGUGUGUAGAUUCUAGUAUGAAGUUAAAUCCAGCAAUUACUUAUUUAUAUUUUAUCAAUUUAUUUUAUGUUUGCCCUAGCCUGGUUGGCCUGUCAUGGGCUUUACCCCCAGAUUCAUAGUAUUAUUGCAACCCAUUUCUUUUAGAUAGUGAAUGUCUGUGUCUCUUCACAAACUUGUACAGUUCAAAAGUGAUUUUGAUAUUAAUAUCGAACUUACUUUUGUUAUAAAUCAUGGAAUGAAAUAAAUUUAUGCCUUUGAAGUAUAAUUUUUUUUUUUUAAAUUGGUAGGUUGAAAAUAAGGUGAACAACAUUUAAUUUACCUUUUUUUUUUUUAAGCUCUUUGAGAACUUUUCUUUUAGUCUUUGAAUUUUUUGCUGCUCAGAUUUUUUUUUUUCUUGACCUAAUGGACAACAUACCACUUAAUGAAAAGAAAAAAAAUAUAGUUUUGCUAUUAAGACUUACAACACAAUGCAACAGGAGACUCUUUCUGAGCAGAUAAUUUAUUGCUUGUAGUUUUACAACUGAUUUAGUAUGAAAUUAAUAGUACUGAUGUACUCUAAUCCCCAUUGGCAUUACUUUAAGUAAAUGCCUAGCGUUUUUUUUUCUUCUCUUUUUUAGAUGCUUCAAAACAAACAAAAAAUUAAUCUAUAAAAAUAGACAAAAGUUAUGAAAAAGUACAAUGCCCUCUUUGUUAUAUUUUCUCUGAUGUAGUCUGUACUAUACUUAUGUUAUAAUUGUGUCAUUUUCCUUCUUACAAACAAUGCUGUAAGACAACUGUACUUUGUGUAUAUAAAUCAUGAAGUCACAUUUUGAUUUGUAAUAAAUUUAUUUCAAUGUAA